UUACGUUUAUCAUAGUAAUCCGUACGCAAAUGACAACUGUGUUGGAAAUGUCCAGUCGCCAACAUUUGUAUCCAACAAUAGCGACAUCUAAUGAUGAUAACGAUACAGAAUCGAAAACAUGUGGAAAGAUUCUUGUUGUGUUAUCGUGGAUUUUAGUUGUGUUCACGAUGCCUUUUUCCCUCUUCGUGUGUUUUAAGGUCGUUCAAGAAUACGAAAGGGCCGUUAUAUUUCGGUUAGGGCGACUGCUCGCAGGAGGAGCUAAAGGUCCUGGAAUAUUUUUUAUUCUACCAUGCAUUGACUCUUACGCGAGGGUAGACCUGAGAACUAGAACCUAUGAUGUGCCACCUCAAGAGGUACUCACAAAGGACUCCGUUACUGUAUCUGUGGAUGCUGUGGUAUACUAUAGAGUGCAUAAUGCAACAAUUUCCAUAGCGAACGUAGAAAAUGCUCAUCAUUCGACACGUCUCUUGGCUCAGACCACGCUUCGUAACACUAUGGGCACUAGACCCCUACACGAAAUAUUAAGCGAACGGGAAACUAUUUCAGGAAAUAUGCAAAUCUCUUUAGACGAGGCAACAGAAGCAUGGGGCAUUAAGGUGGAACGAGUUGAAAUUAAGGAUGUUCGCUUGCCCGUGCAACUGCAACGAGCAAUGGCAGCAGAGGCAGAAGCGGCGCGGGAAGCUCGAGCCAAGGUGAUUGCUGCUGAAGGUGAGCAGAAAGCGGCACGAGCCCUUCGCGAAGCCUCUGAAGUUAUUGGCGACAGUCCCGCUGCUCUACAACUACGUUACUUACAGACAUUGAACACAAUAUCUGCUGAGAAGAACUCCACAAUUGUAUUCCCGCUGCCCAUUGACCUCCUUACUUACUUCAUAAAGGCCAAAGAGUAUCCAUCUCAUUAACUGUAAUGCUAUAUUAAUGAAGAUAUAAACGUCAAAAUAAGUUUUGAUUAUAAAAAAUGAUCUCAAGUUAAAUAUAAGCAUUAUAUACCUAUAUAUGUACCUUUCCUAAUCAGAAUAAUUACUAGACAAAUCAAACGACGUUAGUACAAGAUUAAUCGAAUUAACGAAACUCGACGCUUAAAAGCUCAAAAUCGGUCCAAGU